AUGAGUAGAGGUGAGCUAGAAGAAAUUGACUCUUCAUACAGUAAUGUUAAAAAAAAGCCAAUAAAGCUACUCAAGCAUAAGAAUUCCAAUUUGAAACUCGGAAUAAACGAUUCCAAAAAAAAUGUUGUAGGCCAAACAAUUAAAUUGACUUGUGAUCAUAAAUGCAAAAAGAACAAUUCUGAAUGUUCCUCCCAUCCUUCAGACCUUAAUAGUGAUGCUAUACCUAUAGCAUCUAAUUCUUUUGUUGGAGAAAGCGAAACUACAGGGUAUACGAAAGCAGAAUUAUUACAUAAAGAAGUACAAAGAAAAAGGAUCCAAAAGCAAAUUGAAUCACGUGCAUCCUUAACACACCGUCAAAGAGUUUCAAAGUUCAAUGAAAAGCUGUCCAUGCUACCAGAGCAUUUUGAUAUACCAAAAGUUGGUCCAGGAUAA